AUGCAAGCCGCGAUGGACGCGGGAACUCUGACGUCGCAACAGCUUGUUUCUUGCUACAUGCAGCGGACGUACCAGACGCAAGACUAUAUCCACUCCAUCCUGCAAAUCAACCCAGAUGUUUUUCAGAUUGCUGCGAAGAUGGAUGCGGAACGAAAAGCCGGAAAGGUCCGCGGUCCUCUUCAUGGGAUCCCGUUCACAGUCAAGGACAAUAUCGCAACUAAAGACUCCAUGGAAACAACCGCCGGAAGUUAUGCUCUUCUCGGUAGCAUCGUCCCUCGCGAUGCUCACGUGGUAGCCCGCCUCAGAGAUGCAGGCGCCGUCCUGUUCGGCAAGGCGGCCCUGAGCGAGUGGGCCGAUAUGCGCAGCAACAACUACUCCGAAGGCUUUUCCGCACGUGGCGGCCAAUGUAGAAGCCCAUACAACUUCACCCUUAACCCGGGUGGGAGUAGUACGGGAAGUGCAGUUGGCGUUGCAGCGAACGCCAUUGCAUUUGCGUUGGGCACAGAGACUGAUGGGAGCGUCAUCAACCCCGCGGAACGCAACGCCAUCGUGGGAUUCAAGCCUACAGUCGGUCUUACGUCUCGAGCUGGUGUUAUCCCAGAAAGCGAACACCAAGACUCUGUGGGGACUUUUGGACGCACGGUCAGGGAUGCAGUGUAUGCUUUCGAUGCCAUCUACGGAAUUGAUUCGCGAGACAAUUACACACUGUCUCAAGAAGGCCAUACCCCAGAGGGAGGAUACACACAGUUUCUAUCAACCAAAGCAGCUUUGAAGGGGGCUACGUUCGGUCUGCCCUGGAACACCUUCUGGGUCUACGCAGACGAUGAGCAGAAGGAGGCUCUGGGUCAGAUCCUCAAGCUCAUCACCUCCGAGGGGGCAACCAUAAUCAACAACACUGAGAUCACCAACUAUCAGACACUAGUCAGCCCCGACGGGUGGGAUUGGGAUUACGGAACGACUAGGGGCUAUCCAAACGAAUCCGAGUACACGGUGGUAAAGGUUGACUUUUACAACAACAUCAACUCUUACCUGUCUGAGUUGGAGAACACCGACAUCAAGACACUUGAAGACAUCGUUGCAUUCAACUACAACAACGAUGGAACCGAAGGCGGAAACCCGUGGCCGCUUGGAACUUCGGCAUUCUACUCCGGCCAGGACGGGUUCCUUGCUUCCCUUGAGUCGCAAGGAAUCAAGGACGAGAUCUAUCACCAGGCUGUCGAGUUCACACAGACGUCGACACGAAACGGCAUUAAUGAUGCUCUCACAUUGGCCAACGGCUCAAGGCUUGCCGGGCUCCUGGUUCCCCCUGACGUCGGCCAAACGUACCAGAUCGCUGCCCAGGCUGGCUAUCCAAUGAUAACCCUUCCAAUGAGUGUGCGGUCGAGUGACGGCAUGGCCUUCGGCCUCGCCAUCAUGCAAACAGCCUAUGGAGAAGCAGAGCUGGUCAAAUGGGGAAGCGCCAUUGAGAAUGUGCAGUUGACAACGGAAGGGAACCUUUACAAAAGAACGUUGCCAAGAUGGCAUGAGUAUUUGUCAAGGAACGUACCAGUUUUUUGGAACAGGAAUUCCAAGCAGUUGAUGGCUAGUAUCUUGAGAGUUCACAUUAAUGACUGGCGCAAACCAUGUGUUUUAUGUGUAUUCGUCAUGGAAGGCUCGGCCCUACUAGCUGAAUAA